AGUCCGACCGUACACAAACUCGAAAGGAAUCGUUUACGGCACUGUAAUUUCGGGGUUUUCUUCAAGACAAGGCAAUAUUUGUUUGGAAAAAUUGCACAUAAUUGAAGGAUUAACUCGGGUGAAGAUGCUGGGUGUUGAAAAAAUGAAGGUUCAGCACUUGGAUGCUCAAACCAUACUCAGCAUGGAUUUGUUUGACGAAGACAGUGAUUCUGAUGAGUACUCACCCCAGUCACCUAAAACGGAUCUUCCUGAUGGGAAUGCCUCACCGACACUUCAAGAUGGACAGAAGACAAGUAAUCGAAAGAAGAAAAGGGCAGUGAUUGACUCCGAUGAUGAUGAUGAAGAUACGUCUGAUGAAGAUGAGGUUGAAGACAAGCAGGAGGAAGCCGUUGCUACGGAGCCGUUGCCAAAGUCAGCCAAGAGCCAGAAAUCUUCAAUCGCUCAAUCACGAGGAAGGCGGGUCAUGAAGGACGACGUUAAGAAGAUCCAUAGUGAGAGUCAACGCAUUAUAAGAGAUUCUGAUAUCAGUCUACCGUAUCACAAACCCAAGCCACUGUCGUUAAACGAUUUCUUUAGCAAGAAGCCGUCUCUCGCUGGGAUAAUGUCCUCGGUCAAAUCCCUCAAAGGAUCAUCCAAACGUCAGCAAAUAUCCUGCCUCACCCAGCAGCAAGUAACUAACCAAUCACCAAACCAGGUAGCGAGCACUACCAUUGUUCCUGAACAGUCUCCCGUGUCCCAAUCCACAUCACCUUCCACCAAAACACCUGCCGAAGCCGAGCAAGGUUCACCAACAUUGGAUUGUAUGGAUAUGGACGUCACAUCGUCACAGGAUGUACGGUCACCGGUUGCAGAGCUCAGUAAACCCCAGGAUGAAGAUGGUCCAUCAGAAAUGGAAAGUGAGCUUCAGUUGAGACUGGACGAUUCCUCAGACGAUAAAGAAGAUGAAACUGACGCUCUGGUGGAUGAUAAAUUUCAAGACAAAGUGGAUGAUGACAUCAGAGAUGAGACACACGAUGCGGGCAGAACGGCAUCGGCGCCUGAGAAACUUGAAGACAGCGAUGAUGAACUUGAAAAUAUCACCAGCGAUAAGACCGUGGAAAUCAAAGUAGAAGAGACCGAAGAGUCCUGCCAGGAAGCUGAGGAAAGAAGCAUUCCUCAAGAACUUGACGACCACCUUGAAAGAGAUGUAUCCUCGCCGACCCAUGAAACCAUCUCGUCUCAGUCUGAGACUCCCGUGUCUGCACAGAGUCAGCCUCAUCGGUUGAAGCUCCUUGAAGGAAGCCUUCCUCAGCUCAAGAAGCUCUCGCCAGGGCUGAGUGGCACUGGCGCUAACUCUUUCAUCGACCUAGAUGAUGACGACGAUGAUGACCAGGCAGAAUUUGCGACGCCUUGCAAUCCCGGAAUCAGUUCGUUAAUGAAGCGGUUUGUUAAACACACAGCCAAGAGUACACCGAGACAACGCAAGGAGGUGAAGCUCAGUGUGGUAAGCAAGGAGAUUGGGGCCGAUGGUAAGGAGGACCUUAAGCUGGAUACUGUUGCUGUGACAAUCGAGGGUCAAGAAGAUGAAGACCCAGCCUUAAAGAUUCCAGGAGCUAAACUGCUGAAGCUGAAAGAAACUCUGCAGGUGAAGAUGCGAGCACGACGAGAAGUUGAGCGCCAGAGACGAAAUGAAGCUUAUCGUCUUGACAACGAGGAUUAUGCCGAAGAUGAGGGAGAGAUGACAGACCAGAGCGACACGGAUGAUGAGGAGGAUAUUGGAGGCGGUGACAAGAAGCCAAAGCUCAAGAAAUCCCCGUUUGUGAAUCGGGAGGCUGCUGUCGACGAAGAUGAAGAUGACGAUGAUUAUGAGCCAGGUGGAGACAAUGAAGAUGAUGAUAGUGAACGUGACUCUGUAGAUGAUGAGGAGGAGGAAGGGGCGGAAGAAAGUGAAGAAGAAGAAGAAGAUGUUGAUAAUAAGGAUGGGAAACCAUUCAAGGUGGAUCUUUUUACCGACCUUACCGAUGACGAGGAAGAGGAAAACAGUAAGAUAUUGGCUCCCAAGAAUGCAAAGAGGAGAAAUAAGCUAGUUCUUGAAGAUGAUGAUGAGGAGGAAGAGGAACUUGCACAGAUGAAAAAGGAUAAGGUUCAAGAAGAGGAGUCGAUGAAGACGUUGGAACUCCACCUGGAUGCAGACGAUGAAGAAGAUGGAAACGAGAACCCUAAUCUAGACGAAUCCUCUCAGGACAUCCACCCACUGAGCAAAACACCCACGAAUGCAUCCGACAUAAGAAACAGCAAGAAACCACCGCACAGAUCGUCCAUCGACACACUCAUUCUAGACUUGGAGAGCGGUCAUGGUAACACAUCCAACAGUAGCGACGUUUUUAAACUCUCUGAGUCUUUGAGACGGUCACAUUCUAACAAGAAAGACCUGAUACACGAGGAGAAGACGAGAGAUCUGUUUGAGUCAACGAGUAACACCGAUGGAGGGACCACGGGGAGUAGUGAGUUAGACAGGACCGCUGACUCAACGCUGGGUAGGACAAGCUUCAACUGGAGUGCCGUCAAGAAAACAAAACAAGCAACCCCGUCAGAGGAUUCGGGGCACGACUUCCUCAAGCCUCUGGACACCAGCUCAAACAGCAUGGAUACCAGCUAUGAGAUGCUCGGCUCUAUGAUGCCUGGUCCUCAACCGGGAGGUGUGGUCAGGAAGCUCGAUCGGAGAGUGUCUGUCGAAGACAGAAAGGAGGCUUUCACUCCAUUCUCAAGACACCAGUCUCUGCUGAAUGGGAUAGCAAAGAGUUCCUCUAAGCUGUCAGAGUUAACUCUGCCCGUUGAAGACUCACAGGAUCUGUUCCGAAUGGAUUCACCCUCCCUCUCUGUUGCCAUGGAUACCCAGCAAGCCGAUACGCAAAGCUUUCGUUUCUCUUACGAUGAUGAUGAGACGCAGACUCAGUUUCUGGAUGAGAAUGGGUUUUUGAAGCUUCGCUCGACGAGCAAACCCAAACCAGGUUUGAAGAAACUGUUUGGUGAAGAACAUACGAGCCAAGACCAGCUUGAUGAACUACUAGGACUCUGUACUGGAAAAUUUACAGAUGAGGGAGAGAGUUCCAGCAAAAUUAGGAAGGGUCUGUUUUCUGAGCUAGGCAGCCAGCCUGUAGCAGACACACAGGGCAACAUGGACGAGUUACUAGGACUUUGCUCUGGGGUAUUCGCUGGAAAAGCCACCCAGAAAGGAACCCAAGAAGUCCACGACAAUGAAACGGAGAACCAUAGCGAGUCAUCCUUUCACAUCUUGUCAGACACUGAGGGUAACCAUGGUCAUGAUGAUGAUGACAUCCCAGUCGUCCUUAGCGACGAGGAGGAGGAGAUGAAGCCCAAGAAGAGGAAGAGGAUACGAAUGAUGGAGACGAGAGAUAGUGAAGAGGAGUUUGAGGAUGCGGGAGAAGAGGCAGAGGAGGAAGAGGGUGGAUUUGACUCGGAAGAUGAGUUGAGUUUCAUGGUCAAGCAGGAGGAAAAGCAAAAGAAGAAAAUGUUUACGGGAAAACUACACCAGGACAAGAACAAGAGAAAAGUAUCCAGGGCGUUUUUUGAGAAUGAGGCUGAGCUGUCAGGGAGCGAGUAUGGAUCUGAUGAGGAUUAUGAUGCAGACGAUAUGCCGGAUGAGCUAGAGCUAGGAGAAGCAGAUAAAGACAACGUUGGCACUGAAGAUCAACUCAGAGAAGGGGUCAGCAAAGUACACAUGAAGACAAUGGAGGACGACGAUGCAAGACAACUCCGUCUCUACAAGGAGAUGUACCUCCCUGAUGGGGACUUGUACUCUGACAACAAAGGGCGUACUAGACAGUUCAGAUGGAGAAACCUAGAUGGUGAUUCUGAGAUGAAUUCCUUCCCAGUCAAUUCCGAUGAUGAGGAUGGAGAGGGUGAGAAGGAUGAGGACACUCAAUGGAGGAUGGAACGCCACAAGAGAGAACAGUGGCUCAGUGAACAAAAGAUGGAGAAACCCAAAGGCGAGGCUGCUAAUGAUAUUAACAGUGAUGAGGAAGAGAGUAGUCAGUUUGAUAUCUUCAUGAAGACGGCCGUUAACAAGAAGAAGAAAGAAACCAAGCAUGAAGAUGCAAUCGGAGAGGAACCACCAACAAAGAAGGAUACGGACACCAGAAUAAAAUCACCCAAACCAGUCAAGUUCCGCCAUGGCUCUUUCUUAAAGAGGAGCAAAGGGGAUUUGGCUAAGAUUGCAUCAAUGAUGAAACCACUGACCAGUAAUCCCACCUCCAGAGGAUCCAGAAGUGUCCUCUUCCAAUCCAUCGUGACCCCAGCAGAGGAAGACGAGGACCAAAAACCACAGUUGCGACGUUCAACCAGUGAGAGUCCAUCAUCCCAAGCCCCCAAAGCCAAGAAACCUCGAUUGGAAAGAAGUCAAAGCCUAAGGAAACCAAGCAGCAUCUUCAGUCUUAUGUAGAGAUUUGUUGAGAUGUUAAGAAUUUUAUGGAAAUUAAGAACAAAUUACAUAUUGCAUAAUUUUAUUUAUAAAUUGUGUUGUGCUAGUUAAGUUUUAUGUGCAGGGCCCAAUUUCAUAGCGCUGCCUCGCGGUAAGCAGAUUUUCGUGC